AUGGGACAUGGCGAAGAAACAGGAAUCAUUCCAAGAUUCUGUGAAGAACUGUUUUCCAGAGUUGAACUUCUGAAGAGUAAAGAAAUGGUAAAAAUUAAUGUAGAGAUAAGUUUUUUUGAAAUCUACAACGAAAAGAUCCAUGAUUUACUAGCUUCAGUUAAAGAGAAGUCAGCCAAGAAACCCUCACUGAAAGUACGAGAACACCCUGUAUUAGGUCCCUAUGUAGAAGGUUUAUCAACUUAUGUUGUUAAUUCAUUUGAAGAUGUAGAGGGGUGGAUAACUCUAGGUAAUAAGAAUAGAGCUACAGCUUGUACUGGUAUGAAUGAUAAAUCUAGUAGAUCACAUUCUGUAUUUACUAUAGUACUCACACAGUCUAAGACAGAGAGAAUAGAAGGAACAGAUCAUGAACAUUGUACUAACAGUAAAAUAAAUCUGGUUGAUUUAGCUGGUAGUGAGAGACAAUCACAAGCUCAAACUACAGGAGAAAGACUCAGGGAAGGAGCUAAUAUCAAUAAAUCAUUAAUGGCUCUAGGUAAAGUCAUAUCGUUACUAUCAGAACAGUCAGUUACUAAUAAAAAACGUAAAAUCUUUAUACCAUAUAGAGAUUCUGUUUUGACUUGGUUAUUAAAAGAAAGUUUAGGAGGUAAUUCUAAAACAGCUAUGAUAGCUACUAUUAGUCCUGCUAAUCAUCAUGUAGAGGAAACACUUAGUACUCUUAGAUAUCCUUUUAUUAUAGACUUUCUGUAUUGUCACAUAUUCAAAUAA